UCUCAUAUGCACUUAAGGUGAAUGGUCGUUCUUUUGUGGUGUACCAGCAUAGUUACGAGGGCAAUGGAUUGCACGCUGCUAAGGAACAACUCCUCCAGGCCGUGGCAGCGAACAACACCGGUGCGAACUCCAAGGUCCAAGCGGCGAAUAAAAUUGCCACAGGAACGGAUGCGACUCCCGGUGCUUCUGCUGACGUGGCCGUUGAUGCCUUCCCCUGUUUUCCAAAAGGAUACGUUCACACGGAAACAGGCAUUUCUAAUACGAGGGACGGUGGUAAGGUGCCAUCGAUGGAGGAAUGCUCGGCGCUUUUCCGCCGUCACGUCGUUCGGAAACAUCAACCGUGCGGCAGUAAUUCCUGUGGAUUCAAUGGUGUCUUUCAGCCGGAUAUUUCAGCCGUGCCAAUGGUCCCUGUGUAUGCCUUCUCCUUUUACUACGACCGCCUAAAGCCAUACAUAAAAGAUGAGGUCAUCCGUGUGCAGGAUGUAUUGGAUAUUGCUAGUCAAGUGUGCCGUUCCAUGAAGUCUGUGCGGGAACUCCUUGAACAAAACGACACGAAGAAAAACAAAGGCUCAUUGAAGCCCGAGAUGGAGUGUUUUGAACUUUCUUAUCUCUUUACGCUGCUUCGCUACGGCUUUGGAUUCCCCCUUGAGCAGAAGUUGCAUAUUGCGAAGAAAAUCAACGGCUUUGAGACCGCCUGGGCACUUGGCGCCUCCCUUGUUAGUUUAGAGGGACAAUCUGCUUAA